GUAUACGCGUACGGUAUAUAUACGGUUGGUAUCCCCUGUAAUUUAUAUAAUUAUUCAGCGCUUUAAUUAUACAGGAAAACUGCUCUAUAUGAAUGGGGAAAUAUGCUGCCGACGAGGACGCGAGAGCCACAGAAUCCCUGUUAAUCUUGUCCUACACUUACAGUAAUUGGUUUGCAGCAAUAUGAGUAUGGAAACUACUUCCAGAAGGUCUCAUAGAUCUGACCGCAAGCUUCCAGCACGUUACCGUGAUGAUUCUGUGGCAGUUUCACCAACCGCCCAGCAGAGAACAAGAACCUUUAAGCAGACUGGAAAGUUACAAGGUAAACAAUGUGUUUCAACUCUGCAAUCUGUUGGUAAUAUGUCAUCAGUUAACACUCCUGAAAACCAAAUACCAAGCUUUAAAACAGAGCCAGAUGCAUUGCAGAUUGAGGGUUCACCUCUCGAGGGAGAUGGUAAAAUCACAAAAGAAGUGCUUCAAUGUGAAACCAGUGAACAUAUAUUUACCAAGCGCAACAGUUUGGUGAGAAAUUUUCAAGCAGAAACUUGCCAGAGACAUUUAUCCGCUGAAGCUGUCAUGGAAGAAGAGGAUGUUAACAAGGAAGUACAAAUGUUAGAAGCUCUACCUCCUAGAAAAGAAAGAAAAAUUUGUAACAUAUGUGAGAAGAGCUUUGUAGACAAGUAUACACUCUUGGUGCAUCUCCGCACACAUACAGGGGAAAGACCCUACCAUUGUACUCUCUGUGACAUGAAGUUCUCUCAAAGAAGCACAUUACAGUUUCAUAUGGACACACAUUCUGGUAAAAAGCAUGAAUGCUCUAUUUGUGGCUACAAGUUUACACAGGCAAGGAGUCUUAAGAGACAUAUGUAUUUUCACACUGGAAAUAAAGAGAUGAAAAGAAAAUUGGUCAACCAAGAUUUGAAAAAAGUGUAUGUUACUCUUGAGGAACCAGAAAAGAAUAUGACUGAACUUUGUGAUAAAAAUAGGUUGUUUGUGCAGAUGUAUGAAUGUGAAUUCUGUAAUAAACAUUUUAAAAGAGUUGCUGAGCUGAAAGUGCAUUUACGUGUACAUACAAAUGAGCGCCCUUAUUGCUGUAAAAUUUGCGGGAAAUCUUUCAAGCAAUUGUGUCACUUAAAUGGUCAUCAGAAAACUCAUGACAAAUCAGGAAGCUUUCCUUGUCUGGAUUGUGGUAGCCAUUUCUCUCAGUUAGAGAAUCUUCAAAGGCAUCAAGCUAACAAGAUAUGUGCGGAAGGGAAGGUAUUAUGUAGGAAGAGAGGCAGGCCUCGUAAAUUUGUUAAUAUUGAGCAGAAACAUGAUGAGAGCAAAGUGGUAGUCACUGAUGAGACCGAUAUAGCUGAUAACAGUUCUUCACAACAAGGUUUAGAAAAUGUACAGGUACAUGAAUAUGCUGAUGACAUGAAGUCUCCAGAAGAUGUCAAAUUUGUUGGUAGUGGCCCUUUUGUAAACAGAGAACAACAGUGUGCAAAUGUAUGUGAACUAUGUGGAAAGGCCUUAGGAAAGAAUGAUCAGCAACACAACUGCACAAAUGGAAAUGAAGAAUCGGUCUUUUGUGAUAUAUGCAACAAGAAAUUCAGGUCAUUGAACUUUCUAAAUGAACACUUAAAAUCUCAUUCUCAACAUAAGCCGUACUCAUGUGAAAAUUGUAACAAAAGGUUCAAAACCCUGAGAAGCCAGCAGAACCAUGCCGGGAGAAACUGCUGUACUGGCCGUCGUCCAUAUCAAUGUGAAACAUGUGGAAAGUCCUUCAUGUAUUCAAGAUAUUUGAAGACCCAUCGAUGUCUUGAUACACCUGUCAAGGUUUACUCAUGUGGUGAUUGUGGAAAGAUGUAUAGGAGACAAGAUCGCUUAAUAGAACACAUGCGUGUACAUACGGGAGAGAGACCAUUCGUCUGCACUAUAUGUGACAAAACAUUCACAAAAAUUGCAAAUUUUAGGUUGCAUCAGCGAGUACAUACAGGGGAAAAGAAAUAUGAAUGUUCACAUUGCAAGAAACGCUUUGCUCAUAAUAGUACACUCCGUUAUCAUGAGACUACCCACAAAACUGAAAAAGCCUUCCAAUGUGACCAAUGCGACAAGCAGUUUCCAAGGUUGAACGCUCUUCAAGCCCAUAAGCAAGUUUGCCACGUACAUGAAGUUACAAGGAAUGGGUAUAUGUGUGGAAAUUGUGGCAAGGUUUAUCAGCAUCUAAAAAGGCUGAUGAAACAUCACUGUGAGGCAACCAGCGGGAAACGAUUUGUUUGUAAGUUUUGUUGUAAGCAGUUUGACAGAGAGAAGCAGUUGGAUGUUCAUCUGCGAAUACAUACAGGGGAAAAGCCAUAUAAAUGUGACAAAUGUGGGAAAGGAUUCUCUCAGUCUGGUGGCCUCACAGAUCACAUGGUCUGCCAUACUCGUGAAAAGAAGUUCCAGUGUGACCUUUGUGGUGCUAAGUUUUUACGAAUGAAAAGUUUACGCAAACACAAACUUAUCAUCCAUACUGGUGUUGAACCACAGAUCUGUAAACUCUGUGGGGCAACUUUUAAGUACUAUAAAGCGUUGAAGAAACAUGAGGCUAUUCAUGAAACGGAAUCAAGGAACUUCACAGACAUCCUUGAAGACAUUGAACAUGCUAUUAACAAUGCAUCAACAACACAGGUAGAACCAUCAAAUGAGGGUACUGUUGUGCAUGUGGUUAGUGAUAUUGAUCAGAUUGACCAAGUGGCUGAAGUGGUAGUCCAGGAAGAUGGAACUUGUCAAGAAGUUAUCAUUGCAGAUCAUCCAGGAGAUGGCCAUGUAUUUCACCUAUUACAUGAUCCAGAACAGCUUGAAAUUGAGCAGAGCAUCCAAGAAAUUCAGAUUCAAGCUCAGCUAGAGCAAGAAGUAGACAUGACACAUCAGUGCUAUGAGAAUCACACUUUGAUAUCUUGGAAAUGGAAUUCACUGUUAUAUCUUGAGAAAGCAUAGUUCAUCAAGCUUGCAGAACCAGAGGAACAAGAGCUUAGUCACACAAAAGAUCAGAUGAUGGAUAUCAACACACAAAUACACAAAUCUUCCUGUUCGGCAGUUAAGAGAGUGAAAUCUAAGCAUGGAGACUAUGGUAAGCAUUUUGAAUGCGACAGAGGCAGCAGUUCAUUUGCAACCAGUGGUAGGUUGAGCAUGCAUUUGAAGUGUCAUAAAAAAGGUGAAAGGAGUCCACCAAUGAGUGAACGAAUGCAAACUUCUGAAGCUUUCAUGCCAAGAAAUGAUGACCAAACAACUGAUGUGAUACAGAUAUCAGCCAAUGAUCUAGAGUUUGAUGGUGAGAGUCAAGACUUUCAGCCUUCCAAGACAAGGCCCUCAAAUACAAGGAAGGUGUGUGACUUUUGUCAAAAGUCUUUUGCAAAUGCUCAAGUUUUAAAGACACACAUGCGAAGGCAUACUGGAGAACGUCCUUAUUUUUGUACAUUGUGUGACAAAACUUUCACUCAGAAGAAUGGCUUGAUUGUACACAUGCAUACGCAUGCUAAUGAAGAAUUUAAAUGUCAAGAAUGUGGUGUAGUUUUCACCCAGCUGAGAAGUUUGAAGAGACAUUCCAAAUUCCAUACUGGUGAAGUUAAAAUGAAACGCAGUGCAUCAAGACUUCUCAGUGAAUUUAAAAUUAGAGUUCCUCAGGUAUUAUCUGAAAAAGGAGUAAAAAGCAAAUAUAAAAAUGUGUUUCGUUGCGACUUUUGCGGGAAGGACUUUAAGAAUGGAAGUCAGCUGAUGAUUCAUAGACGAGUCCAUACCAAUGAACGUCCUUUUGAAUGUGGGAUUUGCCAGCGGCGCUUCAAACAGAAGAUCACUUUACGAGAUCAUGAAAGUACUCAUUUCUCUGAAAAAUGUCAUAAAUGUGACCAAUGUGGGUCUAUGUUUAAACAACAAAGGACACUGAGGCAACACCAGAAAUUAAAAAUUUGCCAGCAAAAGAUAAACAAGAGAAUAGAUCAAGAAGAGACAAAAGUUGUAGUAAUGCAGUGUCAAGAAGAAGCCGGUGAGUCAGAUGCUGAUAUGAUGUAUGUGCAGAAUAUAAAUAAUAUAAAUUUAGAUUCUGAAAAAGAUGUGGCAAGAGAUAGCACUGAGAAUCAAGACAAGGAUAAGGUAGAGUGUUUUACUAUUUUGGAUUGUAAACAGGGAACUAGGGAAAUAAUCCCAUGUGGGAAAGAUGUAGAACCUUAUGUAAAUCAUGCAUCCACUGAAAAAGAAGAAGAUGCCAUUCCUAUGUGUGUAUGUGAGUAUUGUAGAAAGGUAUUUAAGACAAAGAGAAGUGUUCUUCAGCAUCAGAAAACACACAAUAAUGAAAGACCAUUUUCAUGUUGGAUAUGUUUUAAGACUUUCAAGAUGAAAUCAACUCUGAUGGAACAUGUAGAGAUCCACAAUGAUGGUAAACCUCAUCCUUGUCAAACUUGUGGUAAACAAUUUAAGACUCGCAAAUGUCUUCAGAACCAUAUGGGACGAAACAUUUGUACAGGUAUGAGACCUUAUGUUUGUGAAAAGUGCAACAAAUCAUUUAUGUACGUCAGAUUCCUUGAGAAGCACAGGUGUAGUGCAGCUGAACCCAAGACAUUUGAUUGUGAUGAAUGCUUGAGAAAGUUUACUCGCCGCAACCUCCUCACUGAACACAAAAGAGUCCAUACAGGAGAGCGUCCUUUGGAGUGUGAACAUUGUGGUAAGAAGUUUGCAAAGAGGGACCUAUUACGCCGUCAUCGCCUAACCCACAAAGAGAAGCAGUUCCAAUGCCAGGAAUGUGGCAAGAGAUUGACCCGAAAGUCUGCUCUGCAGGUACACAUGGCUAUUCAUUCCAAAGAUUAUAAAACUCAUGUCUGUGAAAUUUGCAGUAAGACAUUCAAACAGGCUAGCUCAUUACAUAAUCAUCUUAAAACGGUGCACACCAUAAAAAGCUCACGUGUAGCAAAGACCAAGCCACAAGAAUGUAUAUGUGCUUACUGUGGAAAGGUAUUCAAGCACCUUCGAUGGAUGCUAAAGCACUUCUGUCCAGCCAGUGGUGUGAAGCGUUUUCGAUGUUCUGUGUGCAGUAAGUCGUUUGAUAAGAAGCAACAACUAGAGGUUCACACUCGCACACACACUGGCCUUCGUCCAUACAAAUGUGAAGAAUGUGGAAAAUGCUUCACUCAGACCAAUAGUCUCAAGGACCAUAUGGUCACCCACACAGGUGAAAAGAACUUCAAAUGUGAUCUCUGCAAUAGUGCUUUCACACGUAAGAAUAGCCUCCAAAGGCACAAACUUAUAAUUCAUGAGGGUGUUGAGCCAUUCAUAUGCAAAAAAUGUGGCUUAACUUUCAAAUACCAGAAAUCAUUCAAUGCUCAUGUAAAUGCAUGUGAAGUCGUAGCAAAAGAGCAUCCUGACUCUAUACAAACAGAGAUUGUUCAAGAUGUUGUAAAUGAUGAUCGUCAGACUGGUCAUGGUCCAGAUUUUGAACAGCAAGUACUAGAUAAUAUUCUUGGUAACAUUGAGAGGGCUAUGAAUGGUGCUGGUAUCGAGAUCAGGCCUGAUGUCCAAUACCAGAUAAUAGUUGGUGAAAGUGACAGUGAAGUUACUGUUCAUGUGACUGGUGAACCAAAGUUGGAAUCACAAAGUACAAUAUGUGACAAUGGAGAUUCCUGUUAGACACAGGAAGUGAAAUCCCUUCUUAAACUUUGCACUGAGAGAUUCAAGAUCCUUAAAAAAAAAGACCUCUGCUUACCGGUAUUUGAAAUUUAAACCAAAGAUGGGUUCAGCCUCAGUGAAAUGAAGAUAUGUUCAAAGUUAAUGGGUAACAGUCCAGGGAGGGGGAGGGGCCUCCACAUUUUUACUAUUGCGUCGUGUUGUCUCAUGACCAUGUUCUUUUAUGUCUUGUGAAGCUUUUGACACCAAAUUUGCAAUGCACAUGUUACAUGGUUACAAAAUCAUGCAAUGUUAUGUAAGUACAUGUCAGACCUAUUGCUAAGAAAUAAAAUUUCAUUUACACAUCCAAUGCAAUUCUUUUUCAAGCCAAAUUAUUAUUUAUACUUCUAAUGAUUAAUUUUAAGUGAUUUAUGAUUGGAAAAUAAUGAAUAAUGGGUAAAUAAAAAAAAGAAAAAAUUUACACAUGUAUAUCAAUCGCAGGACUGAAGGCUCCUUCAAACCACUUCCAAAGUUGGACCCAGUCCGAAUCGGUGUCAGUCUGGCAAUUAAAAAGAGGUGAUACAAAUAAAAUCAAGCCGCCUCCGAGACACUGUCUGGCUCUAGUCUGCUGUGCAAACCCUUCACUCGAGUAUAGGGUCUGAAUUGCAGCCUACUAAUGCCUUGUGUAUUGAAGGCCCUCUCGCUAUGUGCUAGUCUUUGCGUGGUGACACACUUGUUGAUCAAAGUUUCAAUCAGGGUCUGUGCCUGCUGGCUCAGCUUUGCUAUGUGUGAACAAGUCUUUGUCGUUUCCUUAAUAGAGAUGUUAAAUGUGAAUCGCGGAUCUCAUUGCACUGAAUUUAUGCUUUUGUAUAUCAGUUACUUGAAAUGUUUGGACUAAUCUCUUGAAGUGGACCUGUUAGAUUGUGAUUAUUUUAUAAUUUUGUCAUUUUUGUCUCGCUUGCAUAGUAAAGCGAGACUAUAGGCGCCGCUUUUCCGACGACGGCGUCGACGUCAACAUCAAAUCUCAACCUAAGGUAAAAUUUUUGAAAUGACAUAACUUAGAAAGUAUAUGGACCUACCGGUAGUUCAUGAAACAUAGACAUAAGGGUAAUCAAAACUACUGAACUUCCUGCCUUGGUUUCAGGUCUUAUGACCAAGGUCAAAGGUCAUUUAGGGUGAAUGAACUUAGACCAUGUUUUGGGAAUCAAUAUCGAAAUCUUAACCUCAGGUUAAGUUUUUGAAAUGUCAUCAGCACUCAGAAAGUACAUUGACCUAGUUCACGUAUCUUACGCACAAGGGUAAUGAAGUAUUACUGAAAAUCCUGCCAGAGCUUCAGGUCACAUGACCAAGGUCAAAGGUCAUUUAGGGUCAGUGAUUUUUAGGCAUGUUGGGGGUAUUUGUUGAAUUUCCAUCGUAACUUUAAAAGUUUAUGGAUCUAGUUCAUAAAACUUGGAUAUAAAAGUAAUCAAGUAUCGCUGAACAUCCUGUGCGUGUUCCAGGUCACGUGAUCAAGGUCAAAGGUCAUUAAGGGUCAAUGAACUUUGGUAAUUUUGGAGGCAAUUGUUGAAUCACCAUCAUAUCUUUGAAAGUUUAUGGAUAUAGUUAAUGAAAUGUGGACAUAGGGGUUAUCCAGUAUAUUACUCAUCUUGCACAUGUCGUAGGUCACUUGAUCAAGGUCAAAUGUCAUUUAGGGUCAAUGAACAUAGUAUAUUAAUAUAUGAAUGGUGUUUUUUGUGAAUAAUUAUUUUAUAGCCAUUUUCAAAGUCAGCACUGCUGCUACAUGUAUAUUGAAUUGCGUAAUAUGUUCUGUCUCCUUUUCUUUUGUAUCCAUAUAGUGGUAUACAUGUAUGUUUGUUUCUGUUUGUGAUUCACAGAAUUGCAAACUAGGUUUAAUAUAAAGAGACUGUGGGUUUUGUAUAUCUACAAUCCUAUUCAGAGUAAUCAAAACACAUGCAGAUGUACUUUUUGCGAAGAUUCCAAGAGAAAAGUAAUAAGUUUGAAUCCAAAAUGUAUUUGAGCAUGAUAUGUGUGCGUGUUUGUACAUAUGUAUAUAAAAUGAACAUUGCAUCAGAUUUAUAUUUCUGAUGACUUAGCAAUCAUAGUGUUUUAAUUUUGAAGCUUUUUUUCACUUAUAUGUAUCUGUACUUUGUGAAAUUCUAAAAUUUUUAGUUGUAAGUAUAUUAUGAAAUAAAUUCUAACCAGUUAUAUUAA